AAAUGCAAGUGAUUAAAAAACCAGCGUAGUACUACUCAUGGACUAAAAUUUGACCAACUUUCCCUGCGACGUGCAAGAAAGCAGCAAGCGCAUAAAAAGACAACCGUAAAACCGACCACAGAAUUUGUGUUUAUCUAAUCUCUCAAAUAUCCUUGAAAGGCAUUUGUGUCAAACAUCAAGAUGAGUACGAAUGUGAAGAAAGAAAAAGUUGAGAAAAUGCCGGCGCCACGCAAAAUAAAAAUCUUGAAUGAAAAUCAAACUCCAGCUGCCCCGGUAACUGUGGUUCCUGUGGUGACUUCUGUACCUCUAUCUCCCACCAAGCAAAUGACUUUGGGAAUAGCUAAACCAAAGGCUCCAGCUCCUGCUAUGAAGCAAAAGAGAAUGGAUCAUUAUCUUGUGCAUACUGUAAAAGGUGAAAAGAAUGCUGAAGGUGGGGAAGAAAGUGAAACGAUCAAUUUUAUUUUGACUGAAAAUGACGAUGAAGCCGGUACAACCAAGCCCAGUGGAGAGAUAUUGGAAGAAGUUCAAAUAAGUGAUGAUGAAAAUGAUGCUCAGUCGGAGAGGACACAGGAAAUUGUUGAACACGUUUGUGGCAAAUGCUUUAAGACAUUUCGCCGUUUAAAGGGCUUGAAAAAACAUUUGGAUUAUUGUCGCUUUGAUAGUGGCUAUGAAUUGCGUAAACAGGAAAUGCUGAAAAAUUUGGAGAAAAUCGAAAAGGAUGCCGUCAUUAUGGAAAACAAAGAUGUAUGCUUUUGUUGUGGCGAAAGUUACGAUACAUUUCAUUUAGGACACAUAAAUUGUCCUGAUUGUCCUAGGUCCUUUAAAACCCAAAUGAGCUAUGAACGUCACAUAUUUAUAACACAUUCAGAAUUCAAUGACUAUCCUUGUAGCAUAUGCAAUGCCAAAUUACGUAGUGCCAAUCUAUUGAAGUUGCACGAAGAUCAACAUAGAAAUCGCAAGAAACCUUUUGCAUGUAAAAUAUGUGGCAAAGAUUUUACACGUUCAUAUCAUUUGAGCCGCCAUCAGAAAUUUAGUUCAUGUUCGGCCAACGAAAACGACACCUUGCAUUGUAAGGUAUGCAACAAGGCUUUUUAUCGUUUGGACAACUUGCGGGCACAUCUCAAACAACAUUUGGGCACUCAUGUUGCCAAGAAAUCAGAAUAUAUGUGUCCCAUAUGUAAAAAAUGUUUUUAUAGUUUAUCCACAUUAAACAUACAUACCCGUACACAUACUGGUGAAAGACCUUUUGAUUGUGAUUUGUGUGAAAAGAAAUUUCCCUCAUUAGUGGCUUUGAAAAAACAUAGGCGUUAUCACACCGGAGAGAAACCCUAUACUUGUUCAGUAUGCAAACAAUCAUUUGCUGUCAAGGAGGUAUUGAAUCGACAUAUGAAACGUCAUACAGGCGAAAGGCCUCAUGUCUGCACAGAAUGUGGCAAAAGUUUUAUACAAGGCACCCAGCUGCGCACACAUCUUAAAACACAUCUUAGGCCGUAUGCAUGCGAUCAGUGUCCAGAGAAAUUCAAGACUGAAAAACAAUUGGAAAAACACUCAAAGUCUCAUAAUGUUAGCCGCAAACCCAGAGGUCGAGCAAAAAUGGUCAAGAGAUGUGAUAUCUGUAAGAUAGGUUUCAAAACAGAAAUCGGUUAUGACCAACAUAUGGAAGCUGGCAAUCAUAUUACCCCUAUACAAAAACGUAAACGCAAGAAUCGCACCGAUUGUGCUGUGUGCAAAGAAAACUUUGACUGUGUACAAAGCCUGCAAUUUCAUAUUCUUAAAGUCCAUCAGGAAGAUCCCGAAACGUUUGUCAACGAAGAUCCAUUUGCCGAUCGUAGUGAAUUUGAAGAAGCAACUACUCCACCACCACCACCUAUUCCAGCACCAAAAAUCAUCAAAAUUGAAGAUUCCCAGGGGCAACGCAUUGAGUUUGUAACAACAAACAGUGAUGGGGAAAUAUUGAAUAGCAGCAUUGAAGGUCUGGCCAACAAGCGGAUUAUUCACUCAACUCCAAGCACAAGCACCACCAGAACUACUGCACAAUCAGACUCUAACAAUGUUGAAAUUUUGGAAGAGUUCAUUAUUAAUAAUGGCCCUACCACUUCAAAUGUUUCGGGCGAAACCAUUAUUUUAUCUAAUGAAGCCUUUACCGUUAUUCCCCUGGAAUCGCAUGGUGGUAUUAUAGAACCUGUCACCACUAAUACCAUUGCUGCCAAGACAUUUAGAACACCGGAAAAUAAGAAAGAACGCAAAUCAUUAGCCGAAAGUUUGGCUGCUGCCAUUGCUGACGAUGAUAAUUUAACACAUUUCAGCACCGAUGACGAAGAGAAAUUAAGUGAGGAAGAUUUGAAAUUAAAGGAGAAUGUUAGCAAGUUGCUCGAUAUGUUGGUGGAUUCGGUGACUCUGAAGAAAUUUGGAUGGCCAGAUAUUUCGGAAGAAACGGUUCUCUGCAAAGUCAUUGAAAAUUGUGGCCAUGAUCUCUCCAAAGAUCAGCAUAAUUACAAUGAAUGGGAGUAUGCAAGUCGUAUGCGUGAAUAUGUCAAACUUUUAUUUACCGUCGUCAUACACAAUGACUCCAUUAAGGAAUUGCUCAACAAUUAUCCCAUCGACGAAGUUAUUGAAUAUGUAUUGGGCAAUGAUGAUGAUGACGACGAGGAUGAUGAAGAUGAAGCAAAAGCCAUUAAAAAAGAAAAGGAAGACAAUAAAACGGUGUAAAUGCGAUGUGAUGACUCAAAAGAAAAUGUACUCAAUUUAUAAUAUUAUACAUAUGAAUAUAUUGUUUUGUUUGGAACAAACAUAUCAACUUUAGCUAUGUUUACCAUUGGGGCCUUCGUCUUGGAUGAUAUUUUCAAAAAUGUAUAUAAAUAUUAUGUACUAAAAAUUGAUUCCUGGAAUUAUAUACAAUAAUUUUUACUAAUACAUCUAUAAAUCAAUAAUAACCAAAUAGUUUUCUAAGCAUUUUUUA